AUGACAACGGCCGAGGAUCUCAAAAGGACCCUGAUGACGACGUUGCUGAUGCCCGCGCAACAGAUGGAAGAUUUGACAGCGCAGCGGGAAUCAAAUUUGCGUCAUAGCAUCCACUAUCCCCACUCCUUCACUUCACCUUUGUUUCUUCUCGAUCUCCUUCGGGCGUGGAUCCGCUGA